AGGAUGAGUUCGCUUGAGAUGCUUUGUUGAAGCUCGCUCCAGGCCCCACUCAUGUCUACCUUUUCCUGCUGCUGCUGCUGCUGCUGGAUGAUGUCGGUGACGUUGGCAGCAGCGGCUUUGCCUGAUACCGCGGCGCUGUCACCUUUGCCCUUGUCCUUGCCUUUGCCCUUGCCUUUGCGGUCGCUGAUAUCGUCCUGCAGUAUAGUGUCAUCUUCUGUUGUUUCCUUUUCUAUAGAUUCGCUCUUUCUCUGGUUGAGCUGGUUUGCCCUUCGGCUGAGCAGCGCCUCACGCCGUGCGUCUCGCUGACGCAAAAGGUCGCCGAACCCAACUUUGUGUUGGUUUUCGCUUGCCGUCAUUUUAAUUUGUAAUUUUUAUAAUGCAAUUAUGGAUAAAUUCAAAUGGAAAAGAACUAAUAAAAAAUA